UGGGUCAACUCCGUCGCGUUCUCUCCAAACGGGGAGCGCAUCGUGUCCGGCUCCAAUGACGAGACCAUCCGCAUCUGGGAUGCAGAGACGAGCCUGUCCAUUGGCGAGCCUCUUCGAGGGCAUGAAGGUUGGGUCAAUCCGUCGCGUUCUCGUCCAAACGGGGAGCGCAUCGUGUCCGGCUCCAAUGACGAGACCAUCCGCUUCUGGGAUGCAGAGACGAGCCUGUCCAUUGGCGAGCCUCUUCGAGGGCAUGAAGGUUGGGUCAACUCCGUCGUGUUCUCUCCAAACGGGGAGCGCAUCGUGUCCGGCUCCAAUGACGAGACCAUCCGCUUCUGGGAUGCAGAGACGGGCCUGUCCAUUGGCGAGCCUCUUCGAGGGCAUGAAGAUGUGGUCACCUCCGUCGUGUUCUCUCCAAACGGGGAGCGCAUCGUGUCCGGCUCGGAUGACAAGACCAUUCACAUCUGGGACACACAAAUUCCUCAUUUUCUCUCCUUCUGUCCUCACCAAGACCAUCAUCUACCUGAACGUGACUUAUGGACCAAGGAAAUCAGACUGGGUUCCGAUGGCUGGCUUAUAGCGCCUAGUACUCAGGAACUAAUUUUGUGGAUACCUCCAGAAUAUCGCAAAUGUUUGAUGUGGCCUCGUAUGCGGGUUGUGAUCAGCACUACACCUCACAUUUCUCUGAACUUCCAACAUUUUGCACAUGGAGCCAACUGGGCCAAAUGCUAUGCUCCUCGCGCUAUGUCGCCUCAGGGUGCUGCACUAUAA